CGUUUUGCAGAUGACAGAGGUAGAGGGCGGUGCGGCGCUGGCGUGGCGACUGCUGGCAACACUCGAGGGCGGCUCCUUGCUUUUGGUCACCUCCGCACUGCUGGCGUACACAGCUCGGUCCAAAGAAGCGGCCCGCCACAGGAUACCAGUUAAAAAUGUUCUAAUAACCAAUAACACAAGCACAUUAGGACAAGAAAUAACUAAACGACUAAUAGCGCGCGGCUGUACCGUUAGCACAGCGACAAGUACAGCGACAAGCGAAGCGAUUUCUGUUAAAGCCGACGCGUUGGUGGUAAUAGGGGCUGAAAUGAAAGAAAGUGGCUUGGAUGGCAUUACACAAUUAAUUACUGAGGAUGUAUAUUAUAAUAUAAAGUUAUUAGAGAGCUUGUCACCGUUGGUCCGCGCGGGCGGGUGUGUGGCAUGGGCUUGUGCUGGCGCGGCGGGCGGAGACUUUAGCGGUGCGACCAGCGCAUACGACGCCGUGCUCAAGGCCAGCUUGCAACAUAUUGCAAGAAAUCAACACUGUGAGCCAAUCUGGACGGAUCGAUGUGAGGAUUGCGAAGUGGCUGCGGAGCGAAUGGUCGCCUCGCUUUUGCCUUGCGCCGGUCCACAAUCAAUAACAACAUUCUCACUCAGAAAUGCGGUUCGGAAGCUCAGCGAAUAUAUUGGAAGAUGGCUCAAGAUUGUAUCGUGAGACUGCUCAAGCACAUGUGAUAAUUUAUCCGUUUUAAGAUAUUUCUAUACGAAG